GGCGGCGGCGGGGAGAGCAAUGGAGGCCGCGGGCGCCUGAGAGGCGGGUGCGCUGCUGGGCUGCUGUUGCGACUGCUGCUGCUGCGGAGGCUCCGAGAGCUGUGCCGCUGCGCCCGCCAGGACCGCGCGUCGCCGGCCAGCCGCUCUGCCAGCCGGGGCGCCAGUUGGGGACCGCAGUUCACGAGAGCAGUGAUUCCCAGGCUUCCUCAACAGUGUUCCCCAUUUUUUGACACCCUUACUGCUGAGGGUGAAUUUUCCUUUUUAUAAGAAGAAAAUUUUGGUGGAGAAUUAUCCAACAACAAAAGGACUGGUGUCUGUUAAGACAGACAAGAAGAAGGGAGGCAGAUUCCAGCCUUUUAAGAAGUUGUUUGGCAAAAGGAAAAAGAAAGACACUUCAUUGUCCCGGGAGGAGUCGGUGGGGAAGAAGAGUUACUCUUCCCAGAGUGUCAGCAAUGGGACCUUCUCUUCAGAUGAGGAGACCCUGGAGGACAAUCUAAGGUCCUUCAACUAUUCUAUGGGAACCCGGGCGCUUUCCCAUGACAGUAUUUUUAUCCCUGAUGGGGGAGCAGAAAGUGAGCAGACAGUUCAAGCAAUGUCACAGGACAACAUCCUGGGCAAAGUCAAAACUCUUCAGCGACAAUUGGGCAAGAAUAUCAAGUUUGGGCAGCGGCCACCCAAUGCCAUUCCCAUGAAGAAGGCAGGCAGUGGAGAGGCCAGCUCAGAAGAGGACCUGUUCCCAGCCAGUCCCAUGGAAAUUGUGGCUCAGCAGGAUAUCAUCCUCUCAGACGCUGAGAACAAAUCCAGUGAUACGCCAAGUUCUCCAAGUCCUCUGAAUCUCCCUGGAGCUGGAAGUGAGAUGGAAGAAAAGGUUGCUCCAGUUAAACCGUCUCGGCCAAAAAGACAUUUCUCUUCUGCUGGCACCAUUGAAAGUGUCAACCUCGAUGCCAUCCCCCUGGCCAUCGCUCGCCUGGACAACAGUGCUGCCAAGCACAAACUGUCUGUUAAGCCAAAAAACCAGAGGGUAUCAAAGAAGCACAGGCGGCUUGCCCGGGAUCGACAAAAUGAGCAAGGUGGCCUUGAUAGGCAGCCUUCCCUGGACCAAAAUGGCCACCCAGGAGAAGACAAGCCCGCGUGGCUUGAAGAGGAGCCAGAGCUGCUGGAUUCUGAGGAAGAGAAAAGACGCCAAGAAGACUAUUGGCGAGAACUUGAGGCCAAGUGCAAAAGGCAAAAGGCAGAAGCAGCAGAGAAGAGACGCCUGGAAGAGCAGAGGCUGCAGGCCCUGGAGAGGAGGCUGUGGGAAGAGAACAGAAAGCAGGAGCUCUUGGAAGAGGAGGGUGAUGAAGAAGAGGGUGAAGAGGAGGAACUGCAGCUAGAAACUGAGAAGGAAAAGGGGCCAGGGGAAAGGCUGCAGCGGGGCCUGGAAGAGCAAGGUUGCCCAGAGCAAGAGUGGAAGGAGCAGGAGAACAGAGAGCGCCUGGAGGCCGACGAACGGAGUCGCCUGCAUGAAGAGGCCCAGCGCCUGGAAGAGCUGAGGCAGCAUGAGGCCGAGAGGCAACGUGAGGCCGAGAGACAGCAGCAGGAAGAAGAAAGGGAGUUGAAGGAACUCCGAAGGCUGGAGGCACAACGGCAGGAGGAGGAGGCCAGGAGGCUGGAGGAGCAGAGGCAGCGGGAGGAGCUGGAAGAGGAAGGGAAACGACUAGAGGGGCUCAGACAGCAGCAAGAGGAAGCGAAGCGAAGGCCAGAGCUGAUACAGCAGGAGGAAAUGGAGGCUCCGGAACCGCAGGAGGAGCUUGGGGAUACGCCACAGAGGCCACAGACUCCGGACGAAGAGAGGCAGCCGCACCUGGAGGACCGCAGAGGCCCGCGGACCGCUCUGCAGAGUGACUUUGAGAAGCCAGAAGAUCGAGGACACCUGGAACUCAAGAGGCAAAGAGAAAGCUCCCAGGAGGAGCAGAAGCAAGAGGCGGAGCCAGCAAGAGAGCAGCCGGGGAAGAGGGGCGAUUUUCACGACGAUGAGCAUCGUGUCCUGGAGGAAAGAAGAGAAACAGCCAAAAUGGACCCUCCCCAGCAGCAAGAGGGGCAGAAGGAAGAAACUCUGCCUCCAGCGCAGAAGAACGAAGUUUCCACUCCAGAAAAAGACAGAAAGGUGGAGGAACUCAGGUGGCAGGAAGUGGAUGAGCGGCAGACCAUGCCAAGGCCCUACACGUUCCAGGUGUCCUCAGGAGGGAGGCAGAUUCUCUUCCCCAAAGUCAAUCUGACCCCCGUGACGCCCGCCAAAGACACGGGACCCAGCCCUGCUGCGCAGGAACCCAAGGCGCCGAGGGCCAGCGUGGCCUCGCACGCCCUGCCCUCCGCCCUGAGCAUCCCCCAUACAGCCAUUCUGGUCACCGGAGCUCAGCUCUGCGGCCCGGCGGUCAACCUGAACCAGAUCAAGGACACGGCCUGCAAGUCUCUUCUGGGCCUGUCAGAAGAAAAGAGACACGUGGACGUCCCCACUGCGGAGCACCCAGUCCGCGCCCCCGGCGAGCCCCGGGGAGGCGGUGGCAAAGCCCGGCCUCCCCAGGAGUCGCCAAGCAGCGUGGCAGCGCUGGCAGAGUGGGCCUCCAUUCGGUCCAGAAUCCUGAAGAACGCAGAGAGCGAGGCGCGCGGCGACAGAGAGCAGUCGCGGCCAGGGGACGAGCCGGCUCCCAGGGCCCGAUCUGAUUCCCGCGGGAACCUCCGCAAGACUCCGCCCGUUAACGCUAAGUUCUCUAUUAUGCCCGCCUGGCAGAAAUUCGCAGAUGGUGGCACCGAGACCUCCAAACAGAACACGGAGGCAGAGGGCAUUAGGAAAAGAGCCGGGCCGGGGCAGGGCGAAGAGACGGCGCCCCCGCCCCUGCCCGCUGGUACUCCAGAGCCCCGGAAGGGUCCAGAGAAGCCGGAGGUGCACCACGAGCCAGCAGACACCACCGAGGGGUGCAAAUUUGCCAAAGACCUUCCAUCUUUCCUUGUUCCGAGCCCGCCUUCGCCUCCGCAGAAAGCGGUCCACACAGAUUCCACAAGCACGGCGCACAGUGAGACCGCAAGUGGUGUAGCCAAGCCAGACCCUGUGAUGUCAGGUGCGGAAGAAAAAGCCUCACCUUUUGGAAUAAAACUGAGAAGGACCAACUACUCCUUGCGCUUCCACUGCGACCAACAAGCUGAACAAAAGAAGAAGAAGAGACACAGCAGCACUAGUGACAGUGGCGAUGGGGGGCCGCCAGCAGGGGCAAGCGCCAAUGCCGACAAAGAGACAGAGGGCGUGGCCCCCAAGCAUGGCCCAUCCUUCCCCCAGGAGAGGAAGCAAGUCCCAGCCCCUCGGAGGGACUCUGCUGAAAUCCCUUCCAGCCAUUCUCCUCCUGCAGCCCAGCCGGGACCCCCACCGUCCAGCAGCCAGACCCCAGCUCUAGAGCACGACAAGGGAACAAACAAAAUGCCGUUAGUGCAGAAACCAGCCCUGGCUCCCAAGCCCACCAGCCAGACCCCACCGCCAUCCCCACUCUCCAAACUGAGCAGGCCCUACCUGGUAGAGUUGCUGGCCCGCAGAGCUGGGAAGCCAGACUCUGAGCCCAGCGAGCUGCCCAAGGAGGGACAGGAGAUCCAGGAGAGCAGUGGUACCCAGCCACCCUCACCACCACUCCCAGAGGAAAGGAAGGGACAGAAGAGGGAGGAGGAUGAGGAAGAGGUACCAGAGAAGAAACCUGCUUCACCCCCUCUUUCUGCCACUCAGCAAGAGAGACUUUCCCAAAUGCCUGAGGUGGGGAGGAAAGAGAAGCCAAUGCUUCAGAGCAGGCACUCUUUAGAUGGCUCCAAAAUUACAGAGAAAGUUGAAACUGCCCAGCCACUAUGGAUAACGUUAGCACUACAAAAGCAAAAGGGGUUUCGUGAGCAGCAAGCAACUCGAGAGGAGAGAAAGCAAGCCCGAGAAGCCAAACAGGCAGAAAAGCUCUCCAAAGAAAACGUCAGUGUGAGCCCACAGCCUGGAAGUGGCAGUAUCAGCAGAGCGGGUUCCCUGCACAAGUCCACUGCUCAGCCAGAAGAGAAGAAGCCUGAGACUGCAGUGUCGAGGCUUGAGCGCAGAGAACAACUGAAAAAGGCCAACACUCUCCCUACGUCUGUGACAGUGGAGAUCUCAGACUCAGCUCCCCCAGCACCACUGGUGAAAGAAGUCACCAAGAGAUUCUACCCAGAUGCUGCCCCUGUGUCCACAGAGCCAGCCUGGCUGGCUUUGGCCAAAAGAAAAGCAAAGGCCUGGAGCGACUGUCCACAGAUUAUUAAGUAAAGAGUGACUCUUAUCCAUUCCUAUUGCUGUUAUUGGCUCCUCUCUUGCCCUUUUUAUUUAUUUAUUUUUUAUAUGAGGUAAAGAAACCAAGUUAGGGGAAAGAAGCAUGUUUUAUAGGUUCUAAAAUAAUGUUUAGAAAACUGAACUGGUGGUGUUCCUUGUAAAGAGUGUAUUUGCACAACCCUAGGUCCUGGUGCCUUGAGCUCCCCCUAAUUCUCAAGAGACAAUUCGUCCAAGGGACCACAUGAAGCAAAAUCUCCAAACAGCUCCUCAUGAAAGCCUACCAUGCCCAUUCCAUGGUCUUCCACACACGUACACCCACGCACCAUUCAGGACACAUACUUUUGCCAACCUUUGUAAUUUUUUUUUUGAUUCUCUACCCUUAAUUUCUUCUAUCCAAAACAUUAACGCUACCAUAUAUUUGGGUGCAUCUACCCUUUCCACAGUAAUGAUAAAAGGAUUUUAUAGAUUUAAAACAAGACUGCCUAUUCUCCUAAAUGCAGUACUGGGGAUCACAAGGAACAGUCUGGCUCCCAACUCUGUGCCCAUGUCCAGUUUCAUGAAUUCCCCCCGCCCUGAAGCUGUCACAUGGAAGGCAAAUCCAUUCACACUUCUGACACACUGUGGAUCCACAAUGUCGUCACACAGUAUGAGUCUCUGUCACACUAGUACCCUCAAGGGCAUGUGAAACACGUCACCCAGUUGGCUCCCAGGGAACAUUUUUUUUCAAUGUGGCUAAGAAAGGAGGUUCUAUAUUAAUUAUAAGUUGUUGUUCUGGCUCUGAGACUCUCUACCUAGUGCAGUGGGUCAUAAGGUGUCCAGGCUACAUCCCAGGGCCUACUGAAUCAAUUCUGUGAGAGCAGGGCCAGGAAUGUACUUGCUAGCAAAAUUCUUCAGAUGAUGCUAAUGUAUCUAAUGUUAAGAACCUUGGGAUUCACUUAUUCUAAUGUGAUCUCAUUUUCUAGACUCUAAAGGGGCAGCCUUGUUCAAGUGAGAACAAUAAUAUCAGACUAUGGAAAUUACAUGUCUCUGAAGAUUCCCUUUGGUCUUUAGGGAAAAUUCACAGGGAGCCAAGAUUUGAAGCCUUUGUACUAAGUAUUUCCUGCAGGAAGUUUUUUGUCCUUACUAUAAUCAAGUUAUUCAUAUUUAGAGUCAAAUGUUCAGUAGCAUUUAAAAUUCAGAGCAUUCACCUUGCUACCUUUAAAAAACAUCUCAGAGUUUUAAGUGGCCUUGUUAUUAUCAUACACAUGUGCAUACUAAUAAGGGAUCUGGAAGUUUCAAAGCCACAUGUAUUUACUUUUAUUUCCCUAAAUUUGCUUUAUAUAGAACACAGACAUACCAGCAAACCCUCUCCCACCACAUACUGUGGCACUAACUUUAUAUUUCAUGGUGUUGGCAUAUUCUCCUUUUCUUAGAUUCUUACUCCAAAAUAUAGGUGCAAAUUCUUUGCCCAGUGCAGGAGGAAUUACAUCCAUUUUCUCUCCUACAAAAACAUUUUAUAGUAUUCAUUAUUACUUUUCUUUAUGCUUACUCAAUAUGCAGUGUGCUGUCAUUCUAUCAUUUACCUUAAAGAAGCAUGACAGCAAACUUAUUUACAUACUGAAACCAUUUUCUUUCUAGAAACAAUGGCUCAACUCCCCAGUAGCUGCUGCAUGUGUGGCCAAGUGGAUAGUUGUUCUCUUGCAAAUCAGAUUUACUAUUAUAGUACUGGAACUUCAAACUGUUAAGAAUAAUGUAACUUUUUUUUAUUGCUACUGGAAGCAAUUAAUAGCCCACUGCACGUUUUCCAUGCUGAUGCUCAUUUCUAAGUCCUGUGUGUAGGAAUUUGUUAGUUCAAUGACUUCUUCACUAUAUAACUAUUUUAAUGGGAAUCGUCACACUAGAGCCCUGGAAUUAUAGUGCUAAGGUAAUUCUUCUGAAUUGACUUCUUCUUUCAUCCUGUCAGCUUUGGACAAUAUCACAGUAAUGGAAGGAACAAGAGAGGAAAUAAGGUCAUUAACAAGAGUGGAAGAUUAGUCAAGUCUGUACUGGCUCAGGUCUCAUACCAAGUAGGAGAAAUACCUGAGUUAAAAUGCUCCAUCUACAUCUUUUUAAGAGUCUACUGGGGUAAGGGCAGUCACCAUAUUUAUUUCUAACAACUUUUGAAGGGUACAUGUUUAACAUUUCAUUUACACAAUCACCCCAAAUUGGCACUAAAUACCAAUGAAGUGUGUAUUUUGCUUUAGUUGUGUUGUAGUCUUUUCUGAGCAACAACUAUAGGAAAAUUCUGUAAAACCAUAUAAAAAGUUCAAGACAGUUUUUAAAAAAAAUGAAUGAUUGCUAUGUUAAAUACAUGAGGUUUGUUUUGUUUUGAAUUUAAAUAUACUUCUGGCAAAAUUAUAGAUGAUUAACCUCUGGUUCAUAGACUUAUAUGUAAAACUAGAGUUUUUUUGUUUACUUUUUUAAUUUUUCAAGUGCAAUUGUUUCUUACACAAACAUUAUUAAUUACUAUUAAAUUAUCAGUUUAGCCAGUUAUCUGCAAAUGUAUAGUAUGUAUCCAUUGUCUCUUCUUGGACAUUUAGUUUAAAUUGCUUAUUUUAAGCAGAAAUAUUAGCUACAAGUGUCUUGCAAUAUUUUACCAACAUAAAGUUAAGUAGAGACUUAAUAAAAAUACCUUAGUGUGAUUUUAAUAUUAUUUUGGGAUUUUUGGUUGUAUAAAGUUUUAAUGUAAAUGUCCAUUAUUGAAGGGAAAAGAUCUUUUCAAUAAAAAAUACCG